AUGGCGAAGAAAAUUAUCAUAGAACCGGUUGUUGUAGACGAGUCUCCAUUGACGACUGUCUCUAUUCUUGGCCGAGGGAGUUUCGGCUCCGUCUCUCUCACGACGGACUCAAAACAUCAACUCUACGCCAAGAAAUCAUCAUCUUUCAAACACAUGAAGAAUCUCGAGAAAGAGCUCAGGAUCAUGCUUCGUUUCCGGAAUGAUCCUCGCAUCCUCCAAGCCGCAAGCCCUCAUCUUUACAUAGGGUUAGACGUUUCUUACAUCCUUAUGGAGUUUUCGUCCAUAGGUACUCUCCACAAGAUUAUCUCACGUUUCGGUGGUAAACCAUUGCCUGAAAACAUCAUCGGACGCUCCACUCGUAUGAUCCUACAAGGACUCCAACUUCUUCACUCAUGUGGUUACGUCCACUGCGACCUCAAGCCAGACAACAUUCUCCUCUUCCCUUCCACCGCUUUUGGAGAGCCGUGGGAUCUCAAGCUCGCUGAUUUCGGAUUAUCCAAGGAGCCUAACACGGAUUCUACGUUGUCUUUUCCUGGAGCGGCGUGUUAUAUGCCGCCGGAAUCUGUUGGCCCCCACGGUGUGAUUGGACCGGCCCUUGAUAUAUGGUCUCUAGGGUGUGUUGUCUUUGAGAUGUUUGGAGGUGUGCCAGUAAAGAUGGGAGAUUCUUAUGUGUGGAGGCUCUUCCAAGAUAUCUCUCCGGUGGCCAUAGACUUCUUGAGGAGAUGCCAUACUUGGCAUCCGUCACGUAGGGCUUGCGCGGCCGAGCUCUUGAACCAUCCUUUCAUUACACAAAGAGCUUCUGUUCCAUUGCCAACUAGAAGUCAACAAGAAGACUAUCGUCCAUUCAUUACACAAAGAGUCUCUGUUCCAUUGCCAACUAGAAGCCAACAAGAAGACUAUCGUCCAUUCAUUACACAAAGAGUGUCUGUUCCGCUGCAGCCUACAAGACAACAAGAAGAUUGGCCAACGAUUCCAAGACUUCCUGGUUCGAUUUGGUGA